AUGAUGCUCAACUCGGACCAGACGGAGAUCGACCUGCCCCCGACGCACUCCGAGUCCGAGUCCGUCUUCAGCGACUGCGGCCGCGCGGGCAGCGUGGAGGACGCCGGCGGCGUCGGUUUGUGCGCCCCGUCCCGCAUGGCCGAGCAGGGUGAGGCCGUGAAGAAAGACCUGCAGCACCUGAGCCGGGAGGAGCGCCGGCGCCGGCGGCGUGCCACGGCCAAAUACCGGACAGCCCACGCCACGCGGGAGCGCAUCCGCGUCGAGGCCUUCAACAUGGCCUUCGCCGAGCUGCGGAAGCUGCUGCCCACCCUGCCGCCGGACAAGAAGCUCUCCAAGAUUGAGAUCCUCCGCCUGGCCAUCUGCUACAUCUCCUACCUGAACCACGUGCUGGACGUCUGA